AUGGAAAAGAUGGCGGACGAAGGGAUGCAUCCGCCUAAAAGUGGGUUUGCUUCUACUACAGUGAAACCAUUGGACAUAGUGGUGGCUCAAUAUGAUUAUAAUCCAACGAAACGGGCUCAGUUGAGGUUUUUCUCUGGAGAUAUCAUAUAUGUACUAUCAAAGAAUGAAUCUGGAUGGUGGGAUGGUAUUAUUUAUCACUCAAAGAAUUCUGUUCAUAGGGGCUGGUUCCCCAGAAGCUAUGUGAAGUCCAUCAAGGACACGAAUAGCAGCAGAAAAAUAUUCUCUUUGAGCCAUUAUGGAAAUAGGCCUAGUAGCAAUGGAUCCCGUCGAAAUAGUCUGAGGGUUACUAGUCCGUCUGGAAAUAAUAUGAACAACCGUUCAGCUUCUGGGUCAAGGAGAGGUUCGCUGGCAAGCGCUGGGAACUUUAGAAGAAAAAGUCUAUCAUCAACCGCUUUCCAGGACAUUCACGAUACAACAUUCCAAAAUGCACAUAAUAUCUUUUCUACUUCACCAGCAAAUUCGAAAGAUAGCAUGCACACUGGCGGUUCUUCACAUUUGAAGCAGGACUAUCAAUUUGAUAUGAACUACCGAUCUGCAUCGCGUUCAAGAAAGCCAAGUAUUGCAUCGAGUUCUAAAAGCUCUUCCAGCGCGAAAUCCUCGAACUUCCAAGCACGUUCGGUGGAUUCUUUACAUAACGGAUGUCUGCCAUCAGAGCAUUCAAAUAGCAAAAGGUCAGUGUCUUCCACUAGAUCACAUCCUCUAUACGAGUCUGAGAUCAAUAUCUUAUCUGCAAAAGAAGUCGAAAUGCUUUUUAAUAAUAUGUCGAAACAAGAGUUUGUUCCAGUAUGGACCCCUGUGUUGACCGUGAACAACAAUCUCUUAUAUUUUAACAAAGAAUUAAACAUAUACUGCACUUCAUUACCUCUUUUAAAAUCACCAGAACUGACUUUAAAAUCCGUGUUUGCUCCAAACGAACACCUUGUCGAUUUACAGGUACGUGACUUUGACUCUGACUCUUCUACGAAUACCCAGAUGAUGGAACUUGAGUCAGUUUCUUCCAACCAAUUACGUAACCAAACAAGCAACCCUAUGGUCGUUGUUGGCACAAAUACCCCACAAAGGCCAAAUUUUCAAUCUACUGCUUCAAAAGAUGCUGCAACCCAAUCAUCAGAUAUAGCAGGUCAGUCACCAAAUUUGGCCCCUCAAUCUAAUCAAUCAGUAAAUCACCAGGAAAGUGAAGGUCGUUUUCUGAAUCCAACUUUAAGAUCAACUUUGCCAUCUAGUAAAGAAAUCUUUUAUUCUUUGGAAUCAGAUUUGAAAACUUGGACAGAAUUGAAAAACAUUACAUUGUACUAUCUGAAAACAGCACACAACUUUUUCUUUAAACAAAACAAACCAUCAUUCUAUCAGAAUUUUUCGAGUGCAACAACUUACAUCUUUUAUCACCAAUUAGCUUGUAAACUUUUAAGAAAGGAACUAAUAAGAAAAAAUGUUAUAAAAGAUGUUCGCAAAAUCAUCAAGAAACUAAUAAAGGCCUUAUUUAGGAUCAAUGUUAAUGUUUCAUUCUACUUUAACUCUCAUAGACGUAUUGUCGUGAAUUCUUCUGAUGGUAAAAGAAUUAGCUCAGAAACCCAUAUUUUCAAUAAUGAUUGUUUUACGGAAUCUUCAGGCAGAUCAAGUGGAUUUAUUAUACCUAGUAAUAUCGAAUUUCCUGAUUUAAGAAACAUCAGCACAAGCACAACAACUUCAUUAAACCGAAAUUCUACUAUGGAUUACACUUCAGAUACAGGGAACAGGACUUCAGAGACUAUUCAACUGGAUAUCGACUCUCCAAGAACUUCGGUGCCCACUAAUGCAACACAAACAUCGAACAUGUUAAUUGAUGAAGAAACCGGUAUUGUACUCAAUUCGCUUUUUAAUGUUAUUCAAACCGACUUUACUAAUAUAUUCAAGCUGAUCGGUAACUUACACACUAUCAUACUCCAAUCAGUAGCGACUGAUGAUGUUUUAGUCCAAAUUCAUCCUAGGUUCUUCAAAAACUCGUAUGAAGGAACAAUUUGGACAAGAACGGAUGCAAAAACCCCCUCUCAUGCUUCAGGUUUGCUAUCUCACGGUUCUCCUAGUUUUGAGCUCAACAGCUUAAACCCGCCUACCCUCCCUGAAUCUUUAUCUAACUCUAUUUUCUCUGGCAGACAAUAUAGUAGUUCUAGUGCCCGGACCGCACACUCUGUGCUUGAAAAACAGAAUUCUACAGGAUCAAUCUCGAAGAUGCAACAAAAAUCGCGCUCACGGACGAAAGAAGCUCAUUCGCAUCGUUAUCCUUUAAAUUAUUCAACCUUAAAUUUAAUUCGUGAGAAACUAACUCUGAUCAACAACUUUUCUAAAUCCGAAAAAAGAGCAACGGGAACUUCAUUGAGCAGUGUAGAUUUAGUCGAAUUAAGCAUGGCAACAUAUACUGGUCUCAAAGACUCAGCUGCAUUCCUAAAUAUGGUCGAUAGUUUAGACUUGCAAUUCUUCUUGAACUUAAAACGAUGCGCAUCUGAUAAAACCCUAGAGAAGGAGCUACAUGAAUUUUGUGAAUCGUCUAUGACAAAUGUUGUGUCUCUUCUUCUUGAAUAUUAUGAUUUGAAACAGGCAUUGCAUGACAUCACUAUUAGAUACGUCAUGGAUACUCAGAAUUUAUCUCUCAGGGACCCUUUUGUCUUUUGUUCAAUGAGAGGUGAGCUUUCUCAAUCCUCCAAGGAUAAUAACAUUGACCUAUACCAGCUAAUUGAAAGCCAAAAAAAAGUGAACGUUUUGUAUGAGCAACUUCUUUCCCAAGAUGUUGAGGUUAAUGGAAUGUCAUUCAUCAAAACCCAGGAGGUUCUUCAUGAAGCAGCGUUACGGUAUCAUAAUAUAGCAUCACUGAUCUUCGCUAUAAUUGAACAAUUAAUCGUAGAAAGAGAAAACAUAAUAAACUAUGCCGCACGUAUGAUGAAUAAUGAAUUCAUGGAGGUACUUCUCAAAGAUGAACAAUUCGAAUAUGAUGACGUUGUCUCCACAUCUAUCACCGCUUCACAAACUGCUAGUGAUGAUCAAGAGUUUAAACAGCAAGGAAGGCCAACUUCUAUGUUAUCAUCUACAAUGGAUUCAAAGGCCUCAACCUCAUCACCACAGUCUUUCAUGGAUGAUAUAUUGUGGUUCCUUGAUUCCGACUAUGAAUAUGAGUUAAUAUAUAGUCCAAAUGGACAUAUUAAAGGAGGAACAAAGGAUGCGCUAAUUGAGCACCUGACAAACCAUAAAACGAUUGAUGCCUUUUUCAAUAUUGUCAUGCUUACAACUUUCAGAAGCAUGUUUACUACAGCUGAGUUUAUGCGUUAUCUAUUUAGAAGAUUUGAUAUCUCUCCUCCAGAGGGAUUAAGCUAUGAAGAAUAUAAUGUCUGGGUUGAAAAGAAGCAAAAGCCAAUUAGGGCGCGGGUUAUUAAUAUAAUUAAAUCGUGGCUCACCGACUACUGGAAUGACUGUUAUUAUGAAGACUCGUUAGAUAGCUUUGAAGAAUUAAAGAAUAUUGUGAACCUAGCAAUAUUAGAGGACUUUUCUGGAGCUCAUGAACUCAAACCAAUAGUCGAAGAAAGAAUAUCCACCAUUGAAGUUAAACUACAGCAUUCAGACCACAAUUCUAUUAACAGUCCACCUCCACAAGUUGCCAAAAGUCCAACUCCAAAAAGCUCUAACUUCAGAAUUAGAAAACAUAGGCUUUUAGAAUUUGAUCCCUUUACUUUUGCUCAGCAAUUGACUUUGAACGAGCAUAUAUUGUAUUCAGCUAUUGAUCAAUUUGAGUGUUUGGAUCGUAUAUGGCAUAAGAAACACGCGAAUUUUGGUGGUUCGGCUAAUAUAUCCAAAUUUAUUACAUCCUCGAAUCGUUUGACAGAUUUUGUGUCCUAUAGCAUUGUUAAGGAAGCAGAUGGUAAGAAAAGAGCAGCAGUGUUGCAGUUUUUUAUCCAAGUCUCAGAGCAGUGCUAUAACCUUAAAAACUUUUCAUCCAUGACAGCAAUUGUGUCUGCUUUAUACUCCUCUCCUAUCUUUAGAUUAAAGAAGACAUUUGAACGAUUACCAAAGCAUGUUUUAAACUCUUUGGAUAAAUUGAAUACAUUAAUGGACUCGACGAAAAACUUCUUUAGGUAUCGUGAACUUUUGAAAACCGUUCAUGAUGUACCUUGUGUUCCAUUCUUUGGUGUGUAUUUGUCUGAUCUUACAUUCACCGCAAGUGGAAAUCCAGACUUCCUUAAUAACAAUCCAGAAAUUAUCAAUUUUUCUAAGCGUUUAAAAAUUGUCACAAUUCUAAAUGAGAUAAUGUCUUUCCAGAAGAUUACUUAUAAACUCAAACAUUCCGACGACGUAAAUGCGUUUUUAGAGUCAGACAUGAACAAUAUACCUUCAAUCGAAAAACAAUAUGAAUUGAGUUUGAAGAUUGAACCUAGGGCGGACGUUUCAUCCAAUUUUAAUAAUGCUGAGUACCAAACAACCACAGAUAUGACUAAAACUAGUAGUAAAAGAUUAAGAUUUGGUAGAUUGAGAAAAUAA